AUGAUAUAUUUAUUCUUAUUCCUAUUUUUGAUCUUAUUAAAAAAUAAGAAAAUACAAACUAAAAAAAGUAUAAAGAACUCGAAUAUUUUAACAUUCAUACCAUUAUCCAAAAAAAAUGAAAUUGUUAAAGAAAACAUAGGGAAACUAUUAACGUAUAAUUUACAAUAUGAUCAAGGAUAUACAAACUAUAAUAAAAAGGUAAGAAAAAUAAACGUACAUAAUAGCUCAUCAGAAUUCGCAAAUAAUAUUAACCUAGAUAUCGAAAAGCAAAAUAAUGAAAGAGCCAUUUUAAAAAAAGAAGAUUUAAAUUUUCAAAUAAAAAAUGACUGUAUAUCAAAGGAUAACAUAAAUAAAAAAAAAAUAAAAAAUAUGCAUAAUAAAGAUCAAGGAAUGAUACAACAUACCAAUACUAAUGAUAAUAUUGAUUACACCAAUAGUAACUAUAAUAAUUAUCUUAAUUAUGAUGUUAAAAAAAAAAAAAAUAAAAAAAGGAAAUAUUCAAAAGUCCAACAACAGAUUAUCACGAAUAAUGAUGAUAUUAAAGACAUGAAAAAAGAUGUCAAAUUAUUUUUUUUUAAAAAAAGAAUUAUAUAUUUAACAGAUGAAAUAAAUAAAAAAACAGCAGAUGAACUUAUUAGUCAAUUAUUAUAUUUAGAUAAUAUAAAUCAUAAUGAUAUUAAAAUAUAUAUUAAUUCACCAGGAGGUUCCAUAAAUGAGGGACUAGCCAUUCUAGAUAUAUUUAAUUAUAUUAAAUCAGAUAUACAAACAAUAUCAUUUGGUUUAGUUGCAUCUAUGGCAUCAGUGAUUUUAGCUAGUGGAAAAAAAGGAAAAAGAAAGUCUUUACCUAAUUGUAGAAUCAUGAUACAUCAACCUCUUGGUAACGCUUUUGGUCAUCCACAAGAUAUUGAAAUACAAACAAAAGAAAUCCUUUAUCUUAAAAAACUUCUAUAUCAUUAUCUAUCAUCAUUUACCAAUCAGACAGUCGAAACGAUUGAAAAGGAUUCUGAUAGAGAUUAUUAUAUGAAUGCACUAGAAGCAAAACAAUAUGGAAUCAUAGAUGAAGUUAUUGAAACUAAAUUACCACAUCCAUAUUUUAAUAAAGUAGAAAAAUAA